AUGAACUCAAAUUCAUCUGUUUCCAUUCGUGAGAUUAAUGAUGGUAUGUCCAACAUGAUUAUUCAUGAUGCUAACAACAAUGACAGCAUCAUUAAGGGUAUUAGAAGAAGGUUAGUCGUAUUAAGAAAGGCUCGUAAAGAACUAUUCUCGAAUAGCGAUGCCAAUCCAGAUAUUACGAAUGACAAUGAUUUAAAAGAAAUCCUAGAGUUCGAAGAAAAUGAAGGCAUUAUCCGAAGAGCAAUUGAAAGGUACACCAAGGAACUAGCAGAUUUAGAAGGUCAAACGACAAGCAAAAUCAAUGCUAAGGAUGCUAGGAAUGGCAAUCAUUUUACUAAAUAUCAAUUGUCAGAUGCUGAGUUGCAUGACUCUAAAUCAUAUAUAUCAAGUCCAGCGGAAAAUGCAGCACAAAUUGUGAUUAAACAUACAGAUCCGAAUAUUAUUAAAUUCAAAACGCUUAGAGGUACUGAGAUCUGGAUGAACACAGUACAACUAAAUUAUAAGUUCAAUGAUACGCUAGAUAUGUUAGAGCCAUUCCCAGAUUGGUUUGAGAAAUUAGAACAAUUUCUUAACUUUUACAGCCUGGAUGAGGUUACAAAAUUAUGCGCAGGAACAACAAUUUCUGAGGUAGAACAUCAAUUCCUAACAGGAUUGAUUAAAGAAAAAUUAACUGUGAGGAAGUUAUUGGAUAUAUUAUUGAUAUGA